AUGGACGAUAUAAUAGAACAAUGGACAAGAGACACACGGGACAGCAGGCCCUCGACUUCUACAUUUUACGAGCACGGCCCACAUCACCAUUACCACCCUUUUCGACAGAUUAGCACUAGCUUAGAACGAAAAAUUCGACACGGACGAGAACACCCGCCACACUCGCUGCCCCGACUGAGUGUGGUGUUACCAUGUAGCACGAGCACCAGUGUGGACCGCAUAUCCAUUCCAGCGGUCACCAAACGAUUGUCACAUGGCGAUGAAUCAAUGACCGUGGUGCUCUCAGCGUUCUAUGCAAAAUUAUUAAUAGUUUUAGGCUUAGCAUUACCCGUUACUAGCACAAUCCAGAACGAGCUGUAUACGAAUAUAACGUCUGAUAUAUUUACAAUGUAUCUCUAUGUAGUGAGCAUGCUGUUCCUAGCCUACACAUUUUAUCACCUCCGAUUAGCAAAGAAAAGUAGAGAUGAGAAUAUAAAAAGAACACGCUACGGAAGUUUUUACCUGCACAUGGGAGUGGCUGGCUUUAGCGUGGGCUCCAUCAUCUACUCUUGUCUACAGUUCGGCGAGUACUUCGACCUUUCAGGCGACUGUCAGUUGUUCAUUGUGGCACUCAAGCCGGCACUGAGAAUAUUCUUUUUGGUCGCACAAACUGUCUUCAUCUUCUCAUACACUGACGUCCUAGAUCCAAUGCGGGGCGUAGUUCUAGAUAGAUUUGGUCUAAUGCAUUUAAUAGCUACUAAUGUGUGCGAAUGGCUCAACGUAAUCAUACAAGAAACUAGAGAUGACAUAGUCGCAGUAGCGUUUGAUCGACCGGCUCUGUUGAGGUACACAAACAUGACUGGACCAUCGAAACUAGUCAUGACAGAAGAAAUAAUAAACACCACAUCACUGGAAGACUAUAUAAAUGGAAAUUUCACGAACAGCAGCGAAGUAAUUCAUGCAAACUUAACCGCUAGCAUACAGCCUUGGAGUUGCAAUGUCUCGGACAUGAUAACGCCACUAAUUAGAGCCAUGAAUCCUUAUUUGAGGCCUUGCGGAGUUGAAUACAGCCUGCUGUGUUCAGUAAUAAUAGUCGUUAUAUAUAACGAUAUCUGCACCGUACCUGGAUCGAAAACAGAAAAAACUAGCGUGACUAUUGAAGAGAAGCAAUGCUGCGGAAGAGUAAAAUCCAACAACCACUUCUCAGUAGACUGUGGCAGUGCACACAAAGGUCUGUUCAUGGGUGUGGCGGUACUAGCCGGCACCAUCGUCAGCCUCAUGCUGUUCAACGGACUGUUCCAAAAUGAGAAACACGUUGAACUUGCUCUGCUGCAAAUGAAUAUAUGGGAAACGGUAUUAUUUGUACUGAUGACUAUGGGAUCAGGAAUAUGUAUCCAAAAGGUUCGCAAGCUGAAUCUACGUCAGACCUCCGCCUCGAUGCCCUUAGAGCACGCCCUGCUGCUGGUGACGCAGUGUGGAGUGUAUCUUUACUAUCUGUUCCAAAUAAUCGGCGCUGGCUUCCUCAUACAGCAAAAUCCCGGCGGAAAAAUAACGACUAGAAUUAUAGCGCCAGUAUGCGCCGUCAUACAAAGUUCAUGUCAAACCUUACUCGUCCUGGACGCGUGGUCUCGUCGCUGCGCCGGCAGUAAGGAGCGGCCUGGUCGGCAACUGGUCACCUUCCUCCUCGUCAGCAACCUGGCGCUUUGGUUACUAAACCGUGUCAAGAAUGCUCGCGCAGAAUUUCAUCCAAUGCAGAUGGAAUUUUAUGGAGUUUGGGCGUGGACCUUGAUCACCCACGUGUCGGUGCCGCUGUUGGUUUGCUACAGAUUUCAAGCAACUGUGUGCUUCUAUGAGAUAUGGAAAAAUUCCUACAAAAGGAAAAAGGAAAACUACACUCCAGCCGACGAAAUUGAAUUAAAAAGUUAUCAUGUGGCAUAG